CUCCUCCUUGGUGGACUCCAUCAAGCUCUCGUGCAAGGACUCCACCUGCUGCCUGAAGAGGAGGCGUACGGUCGCCUCCGUCAAGUUCCCCGUGGAAGGUUGGUCUUGCGUCGCAGGGAUUCAAGGCUGCCACGCCGAGGGUGAGCUGCGUGUGCCCUUGGCGAAGCUGUGCAAGAAAGACGGCAACGCGGCCGUCAGGGUGCAAUGCGCCUCGCUUGGGAAGCCAGUCUUCACCUCUUCCAUGCCGCUGGCCUGGCUGCUGGACAACAUCAGCGGCCUCCACACUCUCUCUUCUGUGACGACGGGCCCGCCUUCACCAGCCUCCGGUGCAACGGGAGGCGGUGUGGCGAGCCCAUCCGGGCGGUGAGCCCUGCACCGCGUGCGGCCACUGAAGGGAUGGCCAGGACCAAUGAGGCUGAUGCAUGGGCAGCCUUUGAAGUGACGACCCAUGAUGACUGGUCCGUGGAGGCUGAUGAUUCAUGGGCAGCCCCAGACUUGGUGACCUCUGUUGCUGUGGUCGAGGCUGAUGAUUCAUGGGCAGCCUUUGAAGCAAUGACCCGUGAUGACUGGUCCGUGGAGGCUGAUGAUCCAUGGGCACCCGCCGAAUUGGAGACCGCCAUCACCGAUGAGGCUGAUGAUUCAUGGGCAGCCUUUGAAGCAAUGACCCGUGAUGACUGGUCCGUGGAGGCUGAUGAUCCAUGGGCACCCGCCGAAUUGGUGACCGCCAUCACCGAUGAGGCUGAUGAUCCAUGGGCACCCGCCGAAUUGGUGACCGCCAUCACCGAUGAGGCUGAUGAUUCAUGGGCAGCCUUUGAAGCAAUGACCCGUGAUGACUGGUCCGUGGAGGCUGAUGAUCCAUGGGCACCCGCCGAAUUGGUGACCGCCAUCACCGAUGAGGCUGGUGUUCCAAUGGCACUCCUUGAAGUGACGACCCGUGAUGACUCGUCUGAUGAAGCUGAUGAUCCAUGGCCAGCCUUUGAAGCAAUGACCCGUAAUGACUCGUCUGAUGAGGGUGAUGUUCCAUUGGCACUCCUUGAAGUGACGACCCGUGAUGACUCGUCUGAUGAGGGUGAUGAUCCAUGGCCAGCCUUUGAAGCAAUGACCCGUGAUGACUCGUCUGAUGAGGGUGAUGUUCCAUUGGCACUCCUUGAAGUGACCACCCGUGAUGACUCGUCUGAUGAGGGUGAUGAUCCAUGGCCAGCCUUUGAAGCAAUGACCCGUAAUGACUCGUCUGAUGAGGGUGAUGUUCCAUUGGCACUCUUUGAAGUGACCACCCGUGAUGACUCGUCUGAUGAGGGUGAUGAUCCAUUGGCAUCCGCCGAAUCGGUGACCGCCAUCACCGAUGAGGAUGAUGCUGCAUGGGAAGCCCUCGAAUUGAUAACCAGUAAUGACUGGUCUGAUGAGGAUGAGGAUCCAUGGGAUGCCCUCGAAUUGAUAACCAGUAAUGACUGGUCUGAUGAGGAUGAUGAUCCAUGGGAUGCCCUCGAAUUGAUAACCAGUAACGACUGGUCUGAUGAGGAUGAUGAUCCAUGGGCAUCCGCCGAAUCGGUGGCCGCCAUCACCGAUGAGGAGGAUGAUCCAUGGGAUGCCCUCGAAUUGAUAACCAGUAAUGACUGGUCUGAUGAGGAUGAUGAUCCAUGGGAAGCUCUCGUAUUGAUAACCAGUAAUGACUGGUCUGAUGAGGAUGAUGAUUCAUGGGAAGCCCUCGAAUUGAUAACCAGUGAUGACUGGUCUGAUGAGGAUGAGGAUCCAUGGGAAGCCCUCGAAUUGAUAACCGGUAAUGACUGGUCUGAUGAGGAUGAUGCCUUCCUGGAAAUCACGGCCAUCUGUGCUGUCGUUGUGUACAUUGUCUUGCUUCACUAAGCAGCCUGGUAACACACUCACCAGUGACCCCCGGCGCAGGCGCGAGCCACAUCGUGAGCCACACUCCCGGGGAGCGAGACUCCCUUUAGUGACCGUCGCUCUUAUUUCACCUUCAGGGGAGGAGCUCCAGCUGUAUUUCUUAUCUUAUCAAUGA